CCAGCCCUUUCGGGGACCCGGUUUCCAGCCCCCCAAAGUCGGCCCCGCCGCCGGCCUCGGGGCCCCGCCCACUCUGGCAGGGGGUCGAAACCGCACCGAGCGCAAGCGGGAGCCGGAGCGGGGUCCGCCGCGGCCCCUUUAAGGAGCCGCGCUGCGGUAACCCGAGCCCGCAGUCCGGGCGGGCUUGGCGGCAGCUGGACCUCUGGGACGGCUACCGGGCUCCGCCGAGCAUCUCGCGGGCGGGCUCUGGCCGGCGCCAGCCCUCGGGCCAGGCCGGAGGACCAGGCGCCUGGAGCCCGGCCGCGCGCAGCCGCCGCGCGCACGCUAGUCGCCCCGGGACGCGGCACAGGUGAGAAAGCAGGUUCAGUUAAGGUAACUUAUUAGUCCCAGGACACACAGCCAGCAAGUGGUGGAACUGAGAUUCAAACUCAAGACUCUGACUAAGCCUGUGUACUUCCCACCAUGCUAUAGGUUGAAGAAAUAUGGACACCAACACUAAACUGGUCAUCAGCACUGUUUUUACCAGCUUUCUCACCUUUCAACUGCUUUUCCACUGUAUAAGUUACUGGUUUUCAGCAAAAAUUUCUCCCGGUUUUAACAGUCUCAGCUUUGAAAAGAAGAUUGAAUGGAACUCAAGGGUAGGAUCUACGUGCCAUUCUUUGGUAGUGGGGUUUUUGGGCCUGUACAUUUUCUUGUUUGAUGAGGCUACAAUUGCUGAUCCGCUUUGGGGUGAUUCAUCGCUUGUAAAAGUGAAUAUUUCUAUUUCUUCAGGCUACCUCGUUUCUGAUUUGUUCAUAAUCAUUUUGUAUUGGAAAGUGAUUGGUGACAAAUAUUUUAUAAUUCACCAUUGCACAGCGCUGUAUGCCUACUUUUUGUUACUGGUGAGUGCUGGGAUUUACAACAGCCCAACAAGCAGACAAGAUUGGGAGAGGAAUGACUUAAGGAUUGACAUAAAUCUAAACAUAAAAUUCUUAAUUUAUACAGAUUAACUGAAAAUACAUUCAGAGUCCUUCUCAUGAUAUGCUAUCUUAUUUAUGAACAAAAGUAAUAAUUUAACUUGGGUGUCUGUUUUAGUGUGUCUAUUUGGAUUCAUACACUUUGGGAAAGGCAGAUGACCCCAAUUUCUUGAAUUUUCACUUAAAACCUUUAGGACCCUGUAACUGUUGAUAUUUGUCUGUCUUUCUGGAUCAUUUAUAAUUGAAUCCAUGUCUAGCCAGACUAGGUAUAGACUCCUGUAUAUCCAGGUAAAAUAUUUCUCUUAUGUUCAAUUCCAUGUAUAAUUCCAUGUACAUGCAUAAUUACACUUAGGUAUGGGAGCAGUGUGGGAGUUUGCUCAGAGACUUCAUCAGAAUUUCACAACUGAGCUAACACAGGAUACUCACAUCAGUCAGUACUGCAUAUUAAAUUUUAUAUCUAAAAUUACUUUUUACAUAUUAUACAUUUGUAAAUUAGCAAUUUUAUAUCCCAUGCAUGUUUGUUAGGUUUCACAAUGAAUUAUUUUUCAAUCUAGAUAUACCAACAAGCCCUAGAUAUUUAGAAAUAAUUGAUAUAUGUAAACAAGGAUAGUAUAAAUUUUAUGUAACAGAUAUGGUAUACCAUUUCAUGUUUUCUCUCUUUUAAAACUUUUUUUCUUUGUUGGUAUUACUAAAAUCCUUAUAUCACCGGACAUUUGGGACUAUAUGGAGGAUUUUUAAAAAAUUCAUAUAAAUGUGUAUUAAUAAUAUCCUUUUAUUUUUCUUAUAUUGACUCACACAAAGAUACCUGGUGAAUAAGACAUGAAUUUGGUACUAUUUCUGCAAGAAUCAGAUAUGUCAAAGCAUCUGUCUGUAUCACUCAUUUGAAGUCAUAAAUCUAAAUAACACAAUAUGUUUUAAAAACUAUGCUGGUUUUAAUGUUAUAAAUAAAUGCUCAUGUAUCCUGAAAGUUAUCUAUAAUCAUUUUAUUUUUCUGAAGCAAUAGGCUAUUUUUACUGGCAUUUCCUACUGUUUAUGUCUUUGGUCUUUUUUGUAUUUUAAUAGAGUACAGGUAGGUAGUUAUAAAAUACAGACUUCUACUUUUUAUACUAUGUCUUCAAUAUUUGGUAUACAAGCACUUUGUUUCCUAAAACUUUUGCUAAAAAGACAUGGAAACUGGCUAACAAAAUACUGGCUAACUCUGGGAAGAAUGUGUGUGAGUACCCAUGUGAGUUUAACAUCACGCUGCAGUUUUGAAAUAUGUUCUCUGAACAGGAGUCACAAAUAAUCAUUGCGCUAUGAAAAGAAUACAAGCUAGUGAAAGAUAACAGGUCACUUGCAUGCGUUUGUAAAUAUGUCAUCACCUGCUCUUUGCUCCUGGCCACCGAAAUCACAGGCUUGGCAAGUGGCUGGCAGUGCAUGGAUGGGCAAGCUGAAUAUUUAAUCACGUGGGAUGAAUACUAUUUUCUCUUUGGACUUUUAUGCCUUUAUAAAUGAAUCAAUAACCACAUGCUGGGUUUUUAAAAAAGAAAUGAUUUGUUGCCUUAUUUCAUAAAGUUGACAA